AUGAAGCUCAAGUCGGUUCAAGCUGCGCUCGCGUUAUGGGCCGUUGCUAAGGCCCAAGAUAGCCAAGCGCCGUUGUUCGGCUCCGGGCCGGAGAAACCUACUCGGCCGAAUAUCGUCUUUGUCCUCACUGACGACCAGGACCUUCAUAUGGACUCAUUGAAGUUUACUCCUUUGAUUCAGAAGCAUCUUAUCGAUCAGGGAACUGCAUACAAGCGUCACUUUUGUACCACUGCUGUGUGCUGCCCAUCUCGCGCCAGCCUGUGGACGGGGAAGCUUGCUCACAACACUAACGUUACUGACUUGAAUCCUCCAUAUGGCGGAUUUCCAAUUUUUGUAAAGAAUGGUCACAAUGAGAACUACCUCCCCGUGUGGCUUCAAAAUGCCGGUUACAACACAUUCUAUACCGGAAAGAUGUUCAACGCCCAUACCGUGUGGAACUAUGAUAGUCCUCAUCUCAAGGGGUGGAAUAGCUCGGACUUCCUCCUGGACCCCAACACGUAUGACUACUGGAACGCAACCUUCCAGAGAGACCACGAAAAGCCCAAGAACCAUCUCGGCGAAUACUCCACCGACCUGGUAGCCAGCAAAGCCUACGGCUUCCUCGACGAUGCCGUCGCAGCUGGCGAACCAUUCUUCCUCGGCAUUGCGCCCAUCGCACCACACAGCAACGUCAACAGCACGAUCCUCAACCCCGUCAAAGGACCAGACGACGACGUGCCAGUCUCUGACGACCUCUUCCGUGUGAACUUCCCCAAGGUUGCAAAGAGACAUGAGCAUCUCUUCCCAGACGCCAAGGUCCCGAGGACGGAAAACUUCAACCCCGACAAGCCUUCGGGGGGAGACUGGAUCCGGCGUCAGCCUAAGCUCACGGAUGAGAUGGUUGAGUUUAAUGAUCGCCAUUACAGGGGUCGUCUUCAGGCUCUCCAAGCAGUGGAUGAACUUGUUGAAGGUCUAGUUGAAAGGCUUGAGCAGCACGGUAUUCUAGACAACACUUACAUCUUUUACACGACCGAUAACGGCUAUCACAUCAGCCAGCACCGUCUCCAGCCCGGAAAAGAGUGUAGCUACGAGGAGGAUAUCAACAUUCCGCUCAUCGUCCGUGGUCCCGGUGUGCCAAAGGGAGGCAUCUCCGAAGCAGUCACAGCACAUGUUGACCUUGUACCUACAAUCUUGUCACUUGUCGGUGCGCCUCUCAGAGCUGACUUUGAUGGGUCUCCCAUCCCCCUCUCUGCUUCAGAGCUAGCACAUGCCCCCCGAACUCGUGAGCACGUCAACGUCGAGUAUUGGGGAUGGGCCAUCAGUGAGGGCAAAUGGGGCUUCAACGGUGGCGAGGACAAGAGAAUCUUUAACAACACUUACAAGGCUCUGCGGGUUGUUGGUCAGGACUAUAACCUCUACUACUCUGUCUGGUGUACGAACGAGAAGGAGUUGUAUGACAUGACUACGGACCCGGGCCAGCUCAGAAACCUCCUUCACACAGAUGAAGCAGAUCUAGCUUCUCGAACAACAAUACUAGGAUAUCCUCUCAAGGAUGUAGUCCCAAGAUUGGAUUCACUCCUCUUCGUGCUCAAGUCCUGCAAGGGAUCGACCUGCUCUCAGCCAUGGGCAGCCCUCCAUCCCCAGGGCAAUGUGAGAAGUCUACGUGAUGCACUAUCACCUCGCUUCGAUGAGUUUUACGCACAGCAGACUCGAGUUGAGUACUCUCGCUGCGAGCUGGGCCACAUCAUUGACGCCGAGGGGCCUCAGUUCGAGAAGGAUGGGAACGUGUAUUGGCAGGGUUCGAGAUGGAGUGAUUGGACUUGA